GAAUCUCAACUGUAAUUAACAAAGGUGUUGUAUACCUUGGUAAUAUUUUUCAAAUGUGAUUUAAUUACUAAUUAACUACAGGUAUUUUGGUUUCGAUGCGAAAUGGAUACGUACGUUUCUGGUUAUUACAACUGUCUCAACAAACUAUAACAACUGAAAUCGAACACUAAUUAGGCGAAAGGAUGGCCGAAGACCAGGAGCGUGUAUUUAAGCUACCGGAAUUUGCUGCACAUGCACAGACUAUAAAUUGUCUUGCAUUAGGGCACAAAUCAUCGGUGUUGGUUACUGGAGGUGAGGACAGAAAAAUCAAUCUUUGGACACUUUGCAAAGAUGGGUACACAGCUAUCAUGAGCUUAUUUGGUCAUGUAUCGCCCAUUGAAGCUGUUCGGUUUGACCACUCUGAAGAAAAAGUUGCUACAGGAACACGAUCUGGAACAUUUAAAGUAUGGGAUCUAGAGACACUGAAAGUUCAAAAAACGUUUUAUGGACACAGAUCUGGAAUUAAAAGUAUUGCUUUUCAUCCGACCGGAGACUUCAUUGCAUCGGCCUCUACAGAUUCUAGUAUAAAAUUAUGGGACAUUAAACGGAAAAGCUGCAUAUAUAGAUAUAAGGGCCACCAAGGUUCAGUUAACAAUUUACAGUUCAGCCCUGACGGAGGCUGGAUUGCUUCAGCAGGGGAUGAUGGGAUUGUAAAAUUGUGGGAUUUAAAAGCAGGUAAAUUAUUAGCAGAUUUGAAAGGACAUAAAUCUGGUGUCAACGUAGUUGACUUUCAUCCUGGUGAACUAUUAUUGGCUUCAGGCAGUUCUGAUAGGACUGUUAAAUUUUGGGAUUUAGAAAAUUUUCACUUAGUUAGCUCUACUCCAGAAAUAUCACAUGGUGUUGACAACAUACUCUUCCAUCCAUCUGGGUCCUGUUUAUUUGCUACCAGUGCAAACAUGCUACGUGUGUACGGAUGGGAGCCAUAUCAAUGUUUUGAUGAAAUUCGAACUAAUUGGGGCAAUGCAGCAUCUAUUUGCUUCACAAACACCCAGUUACUUGCUGCAUCUUAUAUGGAAACGUUUGUUUUUCCUUAUCUUGUUUUUCUUCAGAGAGUUAAACCAAUUAUGGAUACCUGUUAUGGUAAUGAUCCAAAGAGUAUUUCCAGUCCUGCCUUAGAUAGGAAAAAACCUUUCAGUCAUGGCACCCCAGAUACUGCAGCUGUAAUGCCACACAGAAGAGAAAGUAACUCUUCAGCCUUUGAGUUGGAACACAGGAAUAUUGACCAUAAUCACCAAGCUGCAAACUUGCCCAGAACCCACUUCCAAAACAAUCUUGGAGAAAUAUCUGACCAAAAAUGCAACAAUAUUAUUUCGAACAACAGAGAACAUCUUAAGCCUCAGAGUAAAAUAUCCCCGAAAUUAUUAGGUGGCGGAGAGUUAGAAGCUGAGAUAUUCAACCAAAUUGAGAAAGGACACAGUGCUGUAAUCGAGAAAUUACACGAGAGAAGUGCAAAUUUAAUGAAAAUUGAAGAUAAAUGGAAGUACGAUAAUGCCAGGGCUGCCCUAAAACUAUGCAUUGAUCUCGGAGACCCAGCUCUUGUGAUUGAUAUGUUAAGUGUUAUGAAUAGUAAAAAAGAUUUAUGGAAUUUAGAUCUGUGUACAUUACUCAGUCCCAAAUUAGUUGACCUCAUCACCAGUCCACACAAACGGUAUGUUGAAACUGUAUGUGGUACUCUAAAGUUGAUACUGGAAACAUUUGGGCCUUUACUAAAAUCUUGUCUAAAUCCAUCUGCUGGAAUUGGUGUUGAUAUCACUGCGGAAGAAAGAAUGAAUAAAUGUGAAGUCAUUAAUGGAAAUCUGGACCAGAUUAAAGUGAUCCUAGACAAAAUGCAGGUUACGGGUCAAUUAGAUGAUGGAUUAAAAGAAGUUCAAAUUUUGGUAGAGACACUGUGAUGGCAAGGCAUUAAUCCUUGUGGGAGAUUACACUUAAUGAAUGAAAAAAUGCAACGUAAGACUGAAAACUUGCUCUUGGUCUCCACUUGAAAGAUGAAGUGGAAUUAUUAUUUUUUUUUUUUUUGCUCCACUUGAAAGAGAGAAAGAGGAAAUGAGUUUUGUUAUUUUAAAUUUAAAGAAUGGACAAAGUCAUUAUAUAAUUGGAUCGACAAGUGCUUUAAAAAAUUUACAUCUUUCCUCUGUCUUUGGUCUGGAAAAUGUUCCUUUGAAAGGACAAUCACUUUGUGAGUGUACAGUGUUGUAGUUACUGUGACCAAAUUCCAUCUUUGAUAACUAUUUACACAGUCCUUUCAAAGAGAUUGCCAAAAUACACUGUAACUGCUACAUUGUCAAUAUCUCACCUCCUGUUUUUUUUUCUUAUUAAACAUGCAAGCAAAUUCCUUUUUCUUUUGUAAUGACAGAUGGGAGUCGAUUAUCACUUAGGUUUCAUUAAAAUUAAAACCAAAAGAAUUCUGUUAAAUAAUCAAAUCUGUAAUGCAGUAAUGAAGAUGUGCAGCAAAUAAUUGUAGCCAGAGCCCUUGUUAUUUGUGUACAAAUAACCAAGAAAGCCGGUCCUGCCACAAUUGGUGAUUUCAUUCCAGUAGUUUUCUGUGGCCUUUUAAGCUAUGAAUUUGCAGAUCUAAAUUGGGGUGGCUUGGAUGGAGGCUAAACCCACCAGAUCAACCAGUUUUUGAUUCAGUGUAAAUUCAGUCACAAGAACAUUUAAUAAUAAUAAUAAUAAUAUGCUUUUUCUCUCCAUCAGAUAAACCUCUUAUUUAAGAAAUUAGGAUGUUUUUUUUUUUUAAUAUUGAUCUUAGCAAAGCAAUCAAAUUAUCUGCAGAGCACGAGGGUAAAUAGACCCCCCCUCCCCCACUUCCGAAAAUAGAAAAAAAGAAGAAGCAAAACACUGUUGGUUCUACAUUCUCUUUGAUCUCAGUAAGAGGAAGUUGCACUUGUUAAUGCCAAUCCUUGAUUAUGAGAAGGAAUUUCAGAUUUAUCAGUUUUUUUAGUACAGAAAUAAAUGUAUAAUACAAACAAAGAGAAAAAAAAAAUCAAUAAAUAAAUGUAAAUCAGGUAAAAACUAUUAAAAAACAAUAACAA